AUGGUCGUGGAAGCGAUUCUCUCAACAGCCUUGGGACUGAUUAUCGAGUUGACAGCACCUCCUAUCAUCCGAUAUCUGCGCCCAAUUUGGGGAGGAGUUGAUGGGGACCUGAAGAAGCUCCGCAAUUAUUUAGUCCAAAUCCAACCUCUGGUUCAAGAUGCAGAGGAGAGGCAGCUCAUGGAGGAUAAUGUCAAGUCAUGGCUGAUGCAGCUCAGAGAUGUUUCCUAUGAUGCUGAAGACAUUCUCGACCAGGCCAACACACAUGUCCUUCUCAUCCAGCGCAAGGCCGAUAUUUACGCUCCCCUGAAAAGCAAGGUGCGAGACUUUUUCUCUCUUCAUCAUAACCCACUCAUGUUUCAACUUCAGUUGGGGCAUAAGCUUGGAAGCAUCAACCAAAGAAUAGAUGACAACGACAAUAACAACAACAGACCUUGGAGGAAUAGGGCACAAACACAUUCAUAUGUACCUGAAUCAGAAGUGAUUGGCAGAGAUGAAGAUAAAGAGCAAAUUGUGCAGAUGCUGAUACGUGACCAUUUUGAAGAGAAAGUGACAGUGGUUUCCAUAGUCGGUAUGGGUGGUUUAGGCAAGACAACACUUGCUCUCAAUCACCUGAAGUGGGAUGAACUUAGACGUCUGCUUGUUGAUGGAAGAGAAGGAAGCAGAAUUUUAUGUUUAUCAGAAGAAAGGGCCUGGGCUUUGUUCGUACGAACAUUCACCACAAGUGUAUCAAGACAACCAGACUUCCCAGAGAUUGGUAAAAAGAUUGUUAACAAGUGCAAAGGGUUACCUCUUGCUAUAAAAGUAAUGGGCAGUGUUAUGUGUUCCAAGAGAGAUGAAAGUCAAUGGCUGGCUGUGUUAGACGAUAAGAUAUGGGAUAUACCAAAUGCUGCUACGGAUAAAAUCAGACCGGAAUUGUGGCUAAGUUAUGUUGAUUUGCCGUCUCAAGUGAAGAAAUGUUUUGCCUUUUGUGCCAUAUUCCCAAAGGAUAGUUUUAUUGAAGAACGUAUGCUGGUUCAAUUUUGGAUGGCUCAUGGGUUUAUUCCAUCUCAAACUGGAAAAGAUAAAGUAGUUGAAGGCCAACAGAUUUUGGAUGAAUUGAUAGGGAGAUCUCUUCUACAAUUUGUUACUGAUAGAGAUGCUAGAAUUUAUCCAGGAGGCGAUGAAUUGUUUUCUGUGCCAGGUUAUAGAGUUUGUAAGAUGCAUGAUCUCAUCCAUGACCUUGCACAAUUUGUUACUGGAGAUGAGUGCUCCACAUUGCCUGAAAGAAACGAAUUCAUGAAAAUUUCAAAAAGGACCCGUCAUUUCAUAUUAAAUCCUUGGGUAGAGUAUGAUAUGGGUGAUCGGGCCGCUAGUGUUCUUACUGCAUUACCUGUCAGAACAAACUUCAUUGGAUUGUCAAAGUUCAAGUUGCUUAGAGUGUUAAAGUUUCAUUAUGAAGCAAAUGCUGACGAGCUGUCUACAUCAAUAGAAUAUUUGCUGCAUCUAAGAUAUCUCAAUCUUUCUGAUACUAAUAUAAGAGAACUACCAGAAUCAAUCUGUAUGCUUAUAAAUUUGCAAACAUUGAACAUGAAUUGUUGUUAUCAUCUUACUAAACUUCUCAUGAGCAUAGUAUGCAUGAACAGUCUUAAACAUCUUCAUCUUAGGGGUUGUUCAGCACUAAAAACCAUGCCACCUGAUCUAAGUCAAUUGCGAUGCUGGAAAACAUUAACAAAAUACACUGUCGCAGAGAACGUAGAGAACAAGAUAGGAGAGUUAAAGCAUUGGAAUCUUGACGGUGAACUCAGGUUGUAUGACCUCCACAAGGUGAAUAAUGCAGAUUUGGCAAAAGAAGUUAAUAUGAGUAGCAGACAAAACAUUAAGUCAUUGUCCCUGUCUCGGGGAGCAUCAGUGGAAAAUGCAGAACAAGUGUUGGAAGCCUUGAAAACUCACUCUGCAUUAGAAAUGCUCAGUCUGCAUGAUUAUCCGGGCACACACUUUUCAAUGUGGAUUAGAGAGGGAAAGCAACUUCAAAAUCUGGUUGUGAUCAACCUACAAAAUUGCCAAGGAUGUGAACAACUUCCGCCCCUGGAGCAAUUACCUUAUCUUGAAAGACUCACUAUUGGUAGAAUGGAUGGCAUCAAAUGCAUAAUUAAUAACACCACAGGUGAUGCAUUAUCAUUAUUCCCUGCACUGAGGACACUUGAAUUGAAUAAAAUGGCGAACCUGGAGGGGUGGUGUGGAGAGGAGGAUCGUGAAACUGCUCCACCCUUGUUUCCAUGCCUUGAGGACAUGAAUAUUGGUUACUGCCCCAAGUUGAGAACCAGGCCACCACAAAUUCCUACUCUCAGACAUUUAUGCAUAGAGAAAUCAUACUGCGAGACACAAAUGGCUCUCAUAUUCAAGGAGAAGGGGUUCUUCAAGCUUUUGAAAUCUCUUGAAUCAUUGAGUUUAACGAGAUGUGAGGAGUUGGCUUUUCAGACUUUCCGGAACCUUAACUCUCUUGAAUAUCUCAGGAUCACUGAUUUAGAAGAGCUGGUGUCCUGGCCAGAUGAGAUGUUUAGAGGUCUGGAGUCCAUCAGGUCUCUAAAUAUUUCGUCAUGUAAGAAUUUGGCAGGUGCAUCAUCACAAGGAGAUUGUGGUCUACCAUUUCUAGAGGAUCUUAAUGUUUAUGAUUGUGAUGAGCUGAUAGAAUUGCCCAAGUGCCCCACAUCACUCAAAAACUUGUCUGUUUUCAAUUGUCCAAGCAUCAAGUCUUUAUGUUCAGAUAUGGGAUACCUCACUUCAUUAUCCCAAUUAAAGUUAUCUACAUGUCCCAAGCUGGAGUCUCUGCCAGAAGGGAUGCAAGGCCUCACUUCCCUUGAAGAGCUAUCUAUUGAAGAUUGUCCAGCGCUGAAGUCAUUCCCCGAAGGCCUCCAACAGCGGCUUCCUAAUCUUAAAGAGCUUAAAAUCAGUGGAUGCCCUAAGCUAGAGAGGCGAUGCAGUCCAGGAGGAGACUAUUUCCACCUUUUCUCUAGCAUCUCAAAGAGAUCCAUAAAAAGCAGCCCUAGAAGGACACUACUAGCAUCUUGUCUAUAACAUCAUGAAAGCAUAAAUAGAAAACAGAGGAAAAGAUGCAUCUUUCCCAGUGAUCUCAUGUCUUUCAAUGUACAUAACUCUCGAGGUGUACUCUUGCUAGUUCUCAUUUAUUCAGCUUUCUUGAAUUGAUCUCAUUCUCCAAACUUGCUUUCAGUCAUUUUAUCAGUUAUUACACUGCACCAAGUGAUAAUGUAUUAAUCCCAAUAGUUCAUGUGACUCGGUUAUGGAUUCAGGAGGUGGAGGAAAUUUUGAUAGUAGUGAAUUGUUCUGUACAGGGACCGCAGUUCAUUCUCAAGAGGAUGAG